AGGCGUUAAACGAGUAGGUAGUGCAAAACACUGUGCAGUCUACUUUACUGUUGUAGUACUGUCUAUUUCCCAAUCCCAAAUCGGAGACCUCGAAUCUGACAAAUCUUGUACUUGAAAGUAUCUUUGUGCGUUUUAUACGAAUAACUUUGCUUAACGAUUUCUAAACAUCACUCGUUUUCAGACGAAUUAUUAUCAAAGCAUAUAGGCAAAUAUUGUAAUCAUGGGAGCUGCCGCUUUACCAAUUUUAAUUUUCACUGGUUUCUGGGGUGUGGUCGGCAUUGUGUUACCAUUCAUCCUUCCCAAAGGACCAGAUCGAGGCGUUCAACAACUUGUGUUGAUGAUGACAGCAGCAACCUGUUAUUUGUUUUGGUUGUGUUGUUAUAUGGCUCAAAUGAAUCCACUUGUUGGGCCAAAAUUGAAUCAACAUACUAUACUAAUAAUGGCUCGUGAAUGGGGAAAUCUAAUACAGUAAUAUGAAUAAUGAUGAAAAAUGAAAAAUUAAUCAUAAGUUAUUUGUUAAUAUUUAAUCAUUCCUUUUUUUUUAGUUCUUAUUAAAUUUUCCACUAUUUAUCUGUUAUACAUUUUUAGAUUUCAAUAAAAUUCUGAAGACCAAGGAUCAUUAUAAA